UGAAUAGCUAUAAAAUGGAUUUAGAACUCCAGGAGUUUUAUAACAAGACCCUUGCCACCGAGAACAAUACUGCUGCCACUCGGAAUUCUGAUUUCCCGGUCUGGGAUGACUAUAAGAGCAGUGUGGAUGACUUGCAGUAUUUUCUGAUUGGACUUUACACAUUUGUAAGUCUUCUUGGUUUUAUGGGCAAUCUACUUAUUUUAAUGGCUCUCACGAGAAAACGUAAUCAGAAGACUAUGGUCAACUUCCUCAUAGGAAAUUUGGCCUUCUCUGAUAUUUUGGUUGUGCUGUUUUGCUCCCCUUUCACACUGACCUCUGUCCUGCUGGAUCAGUGGAUGUUUGGCAAAGUCAUGUGUCAUAUUAUGCCUUUUCUUCAAUGUGUGUCCGUUCUGGUUUCAACUUUAAUUCUGAUAUCAAUUGCCAUCGUCAGGUAUCAUAUGAUAAAACAUCCUAUAUCUAAUAAUUUAACAGCAAACCAUGGCUACUUCCUGAUUGCUACCGUCUGGACACUAGGUUUUGCGAUUUGCUCUCCCCUUCCAGUGUUUCACAGUCUGGUGGAACUUCAGGAAACAUUUGGCUCAGCAUUGCUGAGCAGCAGGUAUUUAUGUGUUGAGUCAUGGCCAUCUGAUUCGUACAGAAUUGCUUUUACUAUCUCUUUAUUGCUAGUUCAGUAUAUUCUGCCCUUGGUGUGUCUCACUGUAAGUCAUACCAGUGUCUGCAGGAGUAUAAGCUGUGGGUUGUCCAACAAAGAAAACAAACUAGAAGAAAAUGAGAUGAUCAACUUAACUCUUCAUCCAUUCAAAAAGAGUGGGCCUCAGGUGAAACUGUCCAGCAGCCAUAAGUGGGGCUAUUCAUUCAUCAGAAAACACAGAAGAAGAUACAGCAAGAAGACAGCAUGUGUGUUACCUGCUCCAGCAAGAUCGCCUCAAGAGAACCACUCAAGAAUGCUUCCAGAAAACUUGGGUUCCGUAAAAAGUCAGCUCUCGUCAGCCAGUAAGUUCAUACCAAGGGUCCCCACCUGCUUUGAGAUGAAACCUGAAGAAAACUCAGAUGUUCACGAAAUGCGAGUAAACCGUUCUAUCAUGAGAAUCAAAAAGAGAUCCCGAAGUGUUUUCUAUAGACUGACCAUAUUGAUAUUAGUGUUUGCCGUUAGCUGGAUGCCCCUACACCUUUUCCAUGUGGUAACUGAUUUUAAUGAUAACCUUAUUUCAAACAGGCAUUUCAAGUUGGUGUAUUGCAUUUGUCAUUUGUUAGGCAUGCUGUCCUGUUGCCUUAAUCCUAUUCUGUAUGGUUUUCUUAAUAAUGGGAUCAAAGCUGAUUUAAUUUCCCUUAUACAGUGUCUUCAUAUGUCAUAAUUCUCAAUGUUUACCAAGGACAGAACAAAUGUUGGGAUCGUCUAAAACAUCUUAACUCUGUAUGUACAAAAACAAAUUUUAGUAACAUGAAAUUUAAUUUAUGUAUCAGAGUUCUGGAUUUGAAUGUCAGUUCAUAAUAUGUGGAAGAUAACUUAAAUGUGUUAUAUAUAAUAUGAUGAAUUCAUUUAGUUGUAUAAAGUCAGUGUAAAUGCAAUCUAUAAUUUCACUUUAAGAAGUAGUUACAUUAACUUUCAGUUCAUCUUGUCUUGUAAACAAAUGAAUUGUAAUUUUUGUUUAAAAUAAAAGUUGUAUCUAA